ACGGGGCGCUCGCCAAAUCAAAACAAAUCGUUAAACCCAGAAGGCUCCUCCUCUUGGACCUCCUCCUCCUCUCUGUUGGUUGCUUCCUCGCGGCGGAUUCGUAUCCUCCGCGUCCACGGCGGGGGAGGAUUCUCCCUCCGGCGAGAGGAGAGGAGCUCGAUAUGGGGAUGGCCGCCGCCGCAGCCGGCGUGGUGAACUACCCGCUCGUCGCGGCGCUCCUCGCGUUCGCCGUCGCGCAGUCCUCCAAGGUCUUCACCACCUGGUACAAAGAUAAUCGUUGGGAUGCCAGGCAGUUUAUAGCUUCUGGAGGGAUGCCAUCAUCCCACUCAGCUACAGUGACAGCACUUGCAGUGGCCGUAGGAAUCCAAGAAGGCUUUCGUAGUGCUAGCUUUGCAACUGCACUGGUCUUUGCAUGUGUGGUAAUGCAUGAUGCAUUUGGAGUUCGGUUACAUGCUGGAAAGCAGGCAGAGGUGCUGAAUCAAAUUGUCUACGAGCUGCCAGAGGAACACCCAUUAUCAGAAACAAAGCCAUUGCGUGAAAUCCUUGGACAUACUGUUCCUCAGGUUGUGGCUGGUUGCAUCCUCGGAAUCCUAAUGGCUGUCGUUAUGCACUUAGCUCUUGGACGUUCUUAGUCAAGUGGUGUUCCUGGAUACCUGCGACACAUGGUCUCCAAAUAUCUCGUUGGAGAUGACUUGUAAAGCGUGAAAACAUGACCUUACUGGCUGCCCAAGUGGUUGGAUCAUCAGGAUACACGAAGUUCUAACUGAUGUAGAUCUGCUCUAUAGGAUAAUAGUAGGUUGUAGCUUGGGUUGGUGCUGUAAAUCUAAAAUGGUUAGUUUCAAUUGGAACAAGCUUUCGUUAUACAAUCUGUCAGAACGUACGAGGUAACGAUCAGAAUGGCUGAUAUCAUUCCAUCUCUA